AUGGGUUUAGCUACAGUAAUAGAAAAUGAAGCCCAUUUCCAAUCAGAAAUGGCCAAUGCAGGGACUAAACUGGUUGUUGUAGAUUUUACAGCAACUUGGUGCCCACCAUGUCAGCGAAUUGCUCCCUUUUUUGAGCAAUUACCUGCGAAAUUCCCAAGGGCAGUUUUCUUAAAAGUGGAUGUCGAUAGAUGUGCAGAAACUGCCAGUACUCAGGGCGUCACUGCUAUGCCGACAUUCAUAUUUUAUCGCAAUAGAACAAGAGUUGACCGUCUUCAAGGUGCAGAUAAUUCUACUCUAGAAAAUAAAGUAAGGCAACAUUACGGCACAGAAGAUGCUGGGGAUGAGGAUAAUUCUGUUGCUGGACAUAUGGACUUAGUGACUUUUAUAACCAAGAGUGAAUGUGAAUGUUUGAAUGAGGCAGACAACCAUCCACUCACCCAUGCUUUAACUAGUGGAGGUGGAUACUUGGCCAGUGACUGUGAUGAACAGCUAAUUAUCAAUAUAUCAUUUAAUCAGUUGGUUAAACUACAUUCCCUUAAGAUCAAAGCACCAGCUGAUAAAGGACCUAAGUUUAUAAAACUGUUUAUCAACCAACCACGAACUCUUGAUUUUGACCAGGCCUCUGGGAAUGCAUCAAUUCAGGAGUUGGAGAUGACACCAAAUGACUUGGAGGGUAACCCUGUACCCUUGAAAUUUGUCAAGUUCCAGAGUGUUCAAAACAUUCAGUUAUUCAUAAAAGACAAUCAGGCCGGGGAUGAAGUAACACAAAUUGAUCACUUAGCCUUUUAUGGGUCACCAAUAUCAACAACAAACAUGGGAGAAUUCAAACGGGUCGCUGGUAAAAAGGGAGAAAGCCACUAG